AUGGCUCACGCCAUCUCUUUUGCCGUAUCCCUGACCAUCCUCAGUAACCUCGCCCAGUACCACUACCACAAGUGCUGCAGCCGUCGCAGCGACAAGGGUCACUGGCACAAGUAUGGUCCCUUCUAUCUCACUCUGGCAGCCGUCCCUCUCGCUACCAUCGAUCUUCUCCGUCACAUCCUCGUCGACAAUGGUAUCUGGACGCCAAAUUCCUGGUGGAACCCCUCUGCCUACCGUCCCAACUGUCACCAUGCUGACAUUGUCUGUCUGACUCCAACUGGUUGGUUCUUUGUUAUAUUCUGCACCUACUCUGGCUACAUCCUGUUGAUGUGGGGUACAAUUUGGUGCGCAGAUUUACAUCUUAAGAUCAGACACGUCUGGAGACAACUACGACCGAAUGAAAGUGAGAAGACCGCUGAAGUUGCUGAACAGACCACUGACACCGCAAAGGUCAGUGAUAACUGA